AUGGAGGUUGAUUACUUCACAAAUCUACCAUCAGAAAUCACCACCGAAAUCCUGUCACGCCUCUCUAUGAGAAGCCUUGCUAUCAGCAAAUUCGUUUGCAAAUCAUGGCAUGAUCUGUUUGAUUUCGUCAAAUCCAAAAUCAAAACCCCACCCGCCCUAGUUCUAUUUUACGAGGGUGCACGAUUUUCGAAAUUGAAGACGAAGACGAAGCCGAUCUGGAGAGCCAUGAUCUCCGCAACCAUCCGCUCACAGAUUUGGAGAUCCCUUACGGAAGCACGAUCGAUUGAAGGUAUCACUGCUAAUGGAUUGCUUCUUCUCUACUCACCAUCAGUUAAUGGUAUUUGCAUAUGCAAUCUGAUCACUCGUGAAUAUACUGAGCUUGGUUACCCUGAUGGCUACACUCCGUUCCAUUCGUUGCAAUUGCAAUUUGGAUUCGGUGUGAGCAAAAUAAGUGGGCAACAUAAGGUGGUCUGCAACAAUAAAAACACCGACUGUCAUUAUGUAUACACCGUCGGAACCAGAACAUGGCGGUGCGUUGAAGCCGGAGCUGCUCCUGGUGUCAGGUUCUGGGGUCAACCCAUUUUAUGUAAUGGCAACCUCUAUUGGAGAGUAUUUGAUUCGAGGAUCCACAUAUGGCUUUGCUGUGGUUUUGAUGUUGAAAUAGAAUGUUUUAGCAUCUUCUCUUUUCCUCCCCCUAUAGGAGAUGGAUGGAGGAAUUUAUCUGUUUUGAGGGACUGCCUGUGUUAUUCUUAUUAUAACGGAUGCCAAGAUGAAAUUGUCAUCUGGAUGAUGAAGGAAUACCAAGUCCAUGAAUCUUGGACCACAGAGUACAAGAUGAGUACUAGUGGUUCAGAUUUAUCUUUUCGUGCGACAUGA